AUGCCUCAUUACCCCUUCAGUGCCCCGGCCCCCGCGGUCCCACAGACACACGGCCCCCGCGGUCCCACAGACACACGGCCCCCCGCGGUCCCACAGACACACACGGCCCCCGCGGUCCUGCACAGACACACGGGCCCCACAGACACACACGGCCCCCGCGGUCCCACAGACACACAGGCCCCACGGCCCCACAGACACACGGCCCCCGCGGUCCCACAGACACACGGGCCCCACGGUCCCACAGACACACAGGCCCCACGGCCCCACAGACACAUGGGCCCCACGGUCCCACAGACACACAGGCCCCACGGUCCCACAGACACACGGCCCCCCGCGGUCCCACAGACACACAGGCCCCACGGCCCCACAGACACACAGGCCCCACGGCCCCACAGACACACGGUCCCACAGACACACGGGCCCCACAGACACACACGGCCCCCGCGGUCCCACAGACACACAGACCCCACGGCCCCACAGACACACAGGCCCCACGGCCCCACAGACACACGGUCCCACAGACACACGGGCCCCACAGACACACACGGCCCCCGCGGUCCCACAGACACACGGGCCCCACGGUCCCACAGACACACAGGCCCCACGGCCCCACAGACACACACGGCCCCCGCGGUCCCACAGACACACGGGCCCCACGGUCCCACAGACACACAGGCCCCACGGUCCCACAAACACACGGCACCCGCGGUCCCACAGACACACAGGCCCCACGGCCCCACAGACACACGGCCCCCGCGGUCCCACAGACACACGGGCCCCACGGUCCCACAGACACACAGGCCCCACGGCCCCACAGACACACACGGCCCCCGCGGUCCCACAGACACACGGGCCCCACGGUCCCACAGACACACAGGCCCCGCGGUACCACAGACACACGGCCCCCACGGUCCCACAGACACACGGCCCCCACGGUCCCACAGACACACAGGCCCCGCGGUACCACAGACACACGGCCCCCGCGGUCCCACAGACACACAGGCCCCGCGGUACCACAGACACACGGCCCCCGCGGUCCCACAGACACACAGGCCCCGCGGUACCACAGACACACGGCCCCCACAGUCCCACAGACACACAGGCCCCACGGCCCCACAGACACACACGGGCCCCACGGUCCCACAGACACACAGGCCCCACGGCCCCACAGACACAUGGGCCCCACGGUCCCACAGACACACAGGCCCCACGGUCCCACAGACACACGGCCCCCCGCGGUCCCACAGACACACAGGCCCCACGGCCCCACAGACACACAGGCCCCACGGCCCCACAGACACACGGUCCCACAGACACACGGGCCCCACAGACACACACGGCCCCCGCGGUCCCACAGACACACAGACCCCACGGCCCCACAGACACACAGGCCCCACGGCCCCACAGACACACGGUCCCACAGACACACGGGCCCCACAGACACACACGGCCCCCGCGGUCCCACAGACACACGGGCCCCACGGUCCCACAGACACACAGGCCCCACGGCCCCACAGACACACACGGCCCCCGCGGUCCCACAGACACACGGGCCCCACGGUCCCACAGACACACAGGCCCCACGGUCCCACAAACACACGGCACCCGCGGUCCCACAGACACACAGGCCCCACGGCCCCACAGACACACGGCCCCCGCGGUCCCACAGACACACGGGCCCCACGGUCCCACAGACACACAGGCCCCACGGCCCCACAGACACACACGGCCCCCGCGGUCCCACAGACACACGGGCCCCACGGUCCCACAGACACACAGGCCCCGCGGUACCACAGACACACGGCCCCCACGGUCCCACAGACACACGGCCCCCACGGUCCCACAGACACACAGGCCCCGCGGUACCACAGACACACGGCCCCCGCGGUCCCACAGACACACAGGCCCCGCGGUACCACAGACACACGGCCCCCGCGGUCCCACAGACACACAGGCCCCGCGGUACCACAGACACACGGCCCCCACAGUCCCACAGACACACGGCCCCCGCGGUCCCACAGACACACGGCCCCCGCGGUCCUGCACAGACACACGGGCCCCACGGACCCACAGACACACACGGCCCCCGCGGUCCCACAGACACACACGGCCCCCGCGGUCCCACAGACACACGGCCCCCACGGUCCCACAGACACACACGGCCCCCACGGUCCCACAGACACACACGGCCCCCGCGGUCCCACAGACACACGGCCCCCGCGGUCCUGCACAGACACACGGGCCCCACGGACCAACAGACACACACGGCCCCCGCGGUCCCACAGACACACGGCCCCCCGCGGUCCCACAGACACACACGGCCCCCGCGGUCCUGCACAGACACACGGGCCCCACAGACACACACGGCCCCCGCGGUCCCACAGACACACAGGCCCCACGGCCCCACAGACACACGGCCCCCGCGGUCCCACAGACACACGGGCCCCACGGUCCCACAGACACACAGGCCCCACGGCCCCACAGACACAUGGGCCCCACGGUCCCACAGACACACAGGCCCCACGGUCCCACAGACACACGGCCCCCCGCGGUCCCACAGACACACACGGCCCCCGCGGUCCUGCACAGACACACGGGCCCCACAGACACACACGGCCCCCGCGGUCCCACAGACACACAGGCCCCACGGCCCCACAGACACACGGUCCCACAGACACACGGGCCCCACAGACACACACGGCCCCCGCGGUCCCACAGACACACGGGCCCCACGGUCCCACAGACACACAGGCCCCACGGCCCCACAGACACACACGGCCCCCGCGGUCCCACAGACACACGGGCCCCACGGUCCCACAGACACACAGGCCCCACGGUCCCACAAACACACGGCACCCGCGGUCCCACAGACACACGGCCCCCGCGGUCCCACAGACACACGGGCCCCACGGUCCCACAGACACACAGGCCCCACGGCCCCACAGACACACACGGCCCCGCGGUCCCACAGACACACGGCCCCCGCGGUCCCACAGACACACGGGCCCCACGGUCCCACAGACACACAGGCCCCACGGCCCCACAGACACACACGGCCCCGCGGUCCCACAGACACACGGGCCCCACGGUCCCACAGACACACAGGCCCCGCGGUACCACAGACACACGGCCCCCACGGUCCCACAGACACACGGCCCCCACGGUCCCACAGACACACAGGCCCCGCGGUACCACAGACACACGGCCCCCGCGGUCCCACAGACACACAGGCCCCGCGGUACCACAGACACACGGCCCCCGCGGUCCCACAGACACACAGGCCCCGCGGUACCACAGACACACGGCCCCCACAGUCCCACAGACACACGGCCCCCGCGGUCCCACAGACACACAGGCCCCGCGGUCCCACAGACACACGGCCCCCACGGUCCCACAGACACACGGCCCCCGCGGUCCCACAGACACACGGCCCCCACGGUCCCACAGACACACAGGCCCCGCGGUCCCACAGACACACAGGCCCCGCGGUCCCACAGACACACAGGCCCCGCGGUCCCACAGACACACAGGCCCCACAGACACACGGCCCCCGCGGUCCCACAGACACACAGGCCCCGCGGUCCCACAGACACACGGCCCCCACGGUCCCACAGACACACGGCCCCCGCGGUCCCACAGACACACGGCCCCCACGGUCCCACAGACACACAGGCCCCGCGGUCCCACAGACACACAGGCCCCGCGGUCCCACAGACACACGGGCCCCACGGUCCCACAGACACACAGGCCCCACGGUCCCACAGACACACAGGCCCCACGGCCCCACAGACACACGGCCCCCGCAGUCCCACAGACACACGGCCCCCGCGGUCCCACAGACACACAGGCCCCGCGGCCCCACAGACACACGGCCCCCACGGUCCCACAGACACACACGGCCCCCGCGGUCCCACAGACACACGGCCCCCACGGUCCCACAGACACACAGGCCCCGCGGUCCCACAGACACACAGGCCCCGCGGUCCCACAGACACACAGGCCCCACAGACACACGGCCCCCGCGGUCCCACAGACACACAGGCCCCGCGGUCCCACAGACACACGGCCCCCGCGGUCCCACAGACACACGGCCCCCACGGUCCCAAAGACACACGGCCCCCGCGGUCCCACAGACACACGGCCCCCGCGGUCCCACAGACACACACGGCCCCCGCGGUCCCACAGACACACACGGCCCCCACGGUCCCAAAGACACACAGGCCCCACGAGACACUCAAGCUCUUCCCACCACCUCCUCACGGACCACCUCCUCACAGACCACCUCCUCACAGACCACCUCCUCACAGACCACCUCCUCACAGACCACCUCCUCACAGACCACCUCCUCACAGACCACCUCCUCACAGACCACCUCCUCACAGACCACCUCCUCACAGACCACCUCCUCACAGACCACCUCCUCACAGACCACCUCCUCACAGACCACCUCCUCACAGACCACCUCCUCACAGACCACCUCCUCACAGACCACCUCCUCACAGACCACCUCCUCACAGACCACCUCCUCACAGACCACCUCCUCACAGACCACCUCCUCACAGACCCUCACAGACCCCUCCUCACAGACCACCUCCUCACAGACCACCUCCUCACAGACCACCUCCUCACAGACCACCUCCUCACAGACCACCUCCUCACCUCAGACCACCUCCUCACAGACCACCUCCUCACUCCACCACCUCCUCACAGACCACCUCCUCACAGACCACCUCCUCACAGACCACCUCCUCACGACCACCUCCUCACAGACCACCUCCUCACAGACCACCUCCUCACGACCACCUCCUCACAGACCACCCCUCACAGACCACCUCCUCACAGACCACCUCCUCACAGACCACCUCCUCACAGACCACCUCCUCACAGACCACCUCCUCACAGACCACCUCCUCACAGACCACCUCCUCACAGACCACCUCCUCACAGACCACCUCCUCACCCCCAGACCACCUCCUCACAGACCACCUCCUCACAGACCACCUCCUCACAGACCACCUCACCUCACAGACCACCUCCUCACAGACCACCUCCUCACAGACCACCUCCUCACAGACCACCUCCUCACAGACCACCUCCUCACAGACCACCUCCUCACAGACCACCUCCUCACGACCACCUCCUCACAGACCACCUCCUCACAGACCACCUCCUCACAGACCACCUCCUCACAGACCACCUCCUCACAGACCACCUCCUCUCACAGACCACCUCCUCACAGACCACCUCCUCCAGACCACCUCCUCACACCCACACCACCUCCUCACAGACCACCUCCUCACAGACCACCUCCUCACAGACCACCUCCUCACAGACCACCUCCUCACAGACCACCUCCUCACAGACCACCUCCUCACAGACCACCUCCUCACAGACCACCUCCUCACAGACCACCCUCCAGACCACCUCCUCUCACAGACCACCUCCUCACAGACCACCUCCUCCCUCACAGACCACCUCCUCACAGACCACCUCCUCACAGACCACCUCCUCACGGACCACCUCCUCACGACCACCUCCUCACAGACCACCUCCUCACAGACCACCUCCUCACAGACCACCUCCUCUCAGACCACCUCCUCACAGACCACCUCCUCACAGACCACCUCCUCUCAGACCACCUCCUCACAGAACCACCACCUCACAGACCACCUCCUCACAGACCACCUCCUCACAGACCACCUCCUCACAGACCACCUCCUCCUCCACCUCCCCAGACCACCUCCUCACAGACCACCUCCUCACAGACCACCUCCUCACAGACCACCUCCUCACAGACCACCUCCUCACAGACCACCUCCUCACACAGACCACCUCCUCACAGACACCACCUCCUCACGACCACCUCCUCCUCACAGACCACCUCCUCACAGACCACCUCCUCCCACCACCUCCUCACAGACCACCUCCUCACAGACCACCUCCUCACGACCACCUCCUCACAGACCACCUCCUCACACAGACCACCUCCUCACAGACCACCUCCUCACAGACCACCUCCUCACAGACCACCUCCUCACAGACCACCUCCUCACAGACCACCUCCUCACAGACCACCCUCACAGACCACCUCCUCAGGACCACCUCCUCACAGACCACCUCCUCACAGACCACCUCCUCACAGACCACCUCCUCACAGACCACCUCCUCACAGACCACCUCCUCACAGACCACCUCCUCACGGACCACCUCCUCACAGACCACCUCCUCACAGACCACCUCCUCACAGACCACCUCCUCACAGACCACCUCCUCACAGACCACCUCCUCCAGACCACCUCCUCACAGACCACCUCCUCACAGACCACCUCCUCACGGACCACCUCCUCACAGACCUUCUCUCAGACCACCUCCUCACAGACCUCCUCUCAGACCACCUCCUCACAGACCACCUCCUCACAGACCACCUCCUCACGGACCACCUCCUCUCAGACCACCUCCUCACAGACCACCUCCUCACAGACCACCUCCUCACAGACCACCUCCUCACAGACCACCUCCUCACAGACCACCUCCUCUCAGACCACCUCCUCACAGACCACCUCCUCACAGACCACCUCCUCACAGACCACCUCCUCGCAGACCACCUCCUCACAGACCUCCUCUCAGACCACCUCCUCACGGACCACCUCCUCACAGACCACCUCCUCACGGACCACCUCCUCACAGACCACCUCCUCACAGACCACCUCCUCUCAGACCACCUCCUCACAGACCACCUCCUCACAGACCACCUCCUCGCAGACCACCUCCCCUCAGACCUCCUCCUCACAGACCUCCUCACAGACCACCUCCUCACAGACCACCUCCUCACAGACCACCUCCUCACAGACCUCCUCUCAGACCACCUCCUCACAGACCACCUCCUCACAGACCACCUCCUCGCAGACCACCUCCUCUCAGACCUCCUCCUCACAGACCUCCUCACAGACCACCUCCUCACAGACCACCUCCUCACAGACCACCUCCUCACAGACCUCCUCUCAGACCACCUCCUCGCAGACCACCUCCUCACAGACCACCUCCCCUCAGACCACCUCCACGGACCCUCGGCACAAUCAGCUUGGUUUUUCCAAGCAGACUGGAGAAGGCCCGGACUACAGAGCAGACUCCGUCACGUCCGCGGAGUCGUGCAGGUGCAGUCGUAUCGGCGCUGGCAGGAAGACGGAUUACAGCAAAAGUGCCUCUAAAGACGUCUGCUUCUGCUUCGUCAGUGUGAGCACAUUCUCCAUCGCAGACAAACAGGUUAUUAGUGCGCUCUCUGGCCCGGGCGCAGACGGUAUCAAGUGCUCGGGCGGCUUGUUUUCGCGUCCCACUCGUGACAUUGCGGUGACGGACGUGUUUGGCGAGGGCAUCCGGUUGGCGCGUCAUUAG